CCUCACAACAGCAUUUCCAUAUUCCCCUUCCACACAUCUCUUGGCUCUUCCUUGGACAGCCGGCCAGUAAAGCUUGACAUCCCCCGAUAUGGCCCAGACCAUGGAUUACAAGAAGACAUGGAUUCUAUUGCCCAACUACACGACCACCCCAGGCGGGCGUUUCCGCCUCGGUACCGUGGUCAUCUAUCCUGGAUUACAAACCUUGUCGAACGGUUUGGACCUACCGGCUACGAGGUUGCACGAAUCCCAGGCGACAAACUUCACGUGGGAUCUCAAUUCCGCGAAAAGGGCUUCGAGCAUAUUUUCGAAAUUCGUUAGUUAUCUAUCACCAUCAGUUAACACUGAAGAUUCUGCGAUCCUUCGGUGCGACAGCCUAGUCACCCAAGAAUUUUAUCCUUCAAAUGCCGACUUGAAGGCGACGCUCAAAUCCGCCGAGGUAAGGCAAUAUGUACUAAAAUGGCCCUCUUCUACGAUAUACAUGGUUGUUGGGGUCAAGAUUGCGCGAGGCGCUUCUCUCUCGUCGAAGAAGACUUGGCCCGACUUUCGUGGCGUCACUCAUCAAGCGUUCAGCUCCAGCUCUGAAUUCGUUUUCGCUAUUCGACUUCUCAAAUUCAAGCCCACAAACCUGAAAAGUGGAGAUUUCCUAGCGCCACCCAUAUCCACAACCGAGCCCAGUACUGCCCCGCAUGGAGUCAUUGAAGUCCCCGGGGCGCAAGCUGACGAGCAGCACGCUGCUGUUGCCAUCUGGGAAAGUGGUUACCCAUCGGCAAAGUCUCUGCACGUCGACAGUGUUUCAGCCUUCGAAGAAACCAACGUACAAGAAGAAACAGAGUUGAUCCCGUGGAACCACGUCCAUCGAUUCAGCACCUCGACCACGUCAACAGACUGGUCAGGUGAAGGAGAGAGCAUAUUCGAUAAUGAGCCUGAAGAACCACUUGCUACAGCUACGCGAAUAAUGGCGUCCAACGAUGCAGCGCCAUUCAACGCAGAGACUUAUUACUACGGUCUCAAAGCGGCUCUGAAGCUGAUCUCGAGCACUGCAGCAAACGGAGUCCCCCAGAGCCAGCCGCCCCGAGACCCCACAGAUUCCGGCUUUGUCUUGAAAAAACGGUUGCUCACCAUCGAAGGCAGCCACUCUAUUGUGCCCAUCUGGGAGUCGGAUAUUCUUCCAGCCAUCAGAAACUUGAACGUGGGGGACCACUUCUUGUCUGUGGAUUGCCUUCGAAUUGGACUUGGAAUGGCUGCGGCGGACAAUCCCGUCACGAUACUAGUCCUUGCCGAGCCAAACACGGUCUCAGUUGGCGAGGGAAAAUCCAUCGCAACACAGAUUCAGGACAUGUGCCGAUCGCGUGGACUGCCCGACGUCGAAGUCGAGAUUGCCGAGAUGAUGGAACCUCACAACGCUGGUGAGAGGGCUGGAGGCCAUGGCGAUCCGCAUGUGCUCGACGGCCCGUUUGACAGGAAUCUCUACCUUGGUGCGUCCAUCGGACCGCCGUGGAGCAAUGCCUGGGGUUCCAGCGGAUCAUUCGGAGGACACGUCGUGGCGCGACAAAAGCCGCCAUUCCAUGACGAAGUUAUCAUGGCCCUCACGUGCGACCACGUCUGUUUCACAUCAGAGAGAAAUUACCUUGAAACAAAUCUCUUCGCCGAUCGGGCGUACAAGAUGACGAAAGCCUCGGCUCAUCGAUAUGCAAUGCUUGCACCGUCGGACGCUGACGCCGACGCCACGGAACAGUAUAUGCGAGAGCGAUUGGCUCUUGCUGACGCGGACGUUAUCGCGUUGCAAGGCAGCGGCGACGAAAGCUCUAUCCGCGAGCUAGAAGAAGCGAGAGACAAGGCCGACAGAACCCUGCAGGAUUUUCUCUCGGCAAAGCGCAAGGUUGGCGAUGUCUUCGGCACCGGUGGUUCCCGGCUAGACACACCGACCGAAAUGCCUAUGGAUUGGGCCGUCGUAUUGGAGGACUUGAAGCUGCAACCGAGCGAUCUGAACAAGCUCCCACCUAUCCAGUUCUCAGGAAACAAUAACGGCACUGUCAUAAACGCAAUAGAGAAGGCGAUGGGCUUUCCGCCAAUACGACUCCGGCUCGGCCGUCCUGGGCCGUCCGCGAGCCUGCUUCCCGGCACCAUUCCAGGGCAGAUCUCGCAGCUGCGUAGCGAUCCGCCAAAACACAACGAGGUCUUUUUCAAGGUCGGCCGCACCACGGGCUGGACGGCCGGCCAGUACAACCCGUGCCGGUCCAUGGUGUUCAACAAGGGCUCGCUGCGACAUCCCGGCCGACAGGCGCCCGGCACCGCCACGGAUCCAUCCGGCCCGUGGCAACACUCUUACUCGGACUACCCGUGGUGUCUGUACUGGUGUUUUCUGGGCGUUCCAUCUGACGUUCCCUUUGGCGCUAAGGGAGACUCUGGGUCAUUGGUGUUCGACAGGGAGGGCCAGGCAACAGGAUUGUAUUUCUCAGGGUGGAACACCAUUCCAGAUGUGUCUUGCGUCAUUUCCUUGGCCGCUGUCUUUCGAGAUAUUGAAACGCAGUUGGAUCUGACCGGUGUUAGACUCGCAAGCUGAGCACAGAUGCCGCACAAGUUCAACUAUUGUCGUGGCGUGAUCUCUCCGAGGGGCAGGGAUCAUUCGCUGGGUUACAUGUUGACGAGUGGCUACUCACGUGGGGGCUGACGGUCAUCGCCGCAAGUGUGAACCGCCGUAAGUUCGGCUUCCCGCCAACCUGCUGAGGA